CUGGGCAGAGAGAGAGAGCGAGAGGGAAGAUGCACAUCGAUGAGGUGGACGAUGACAUUUCUGCGGAGGGGCGCAAGAGACCUAGACAGACGACCAUCGACGAGGUGUAUGAUGGCGACGCUCAACAGUGGACGAGGAACACGUUUUUGGAGUGGGUGUAUGACGGGGGGAUCCCGUUUCAUGCUUUCCGGAGGAGCUCUUGGAGGAGACACCGCAAGGCAGUGGCUGAGUUGCCACGUGGAGUACGGAUGGUGUAUCCUAGUCAUAAGGAGAUUGGGGGGAAGGGGGUUAUUGAGAAGCGCGAUGAGGUCGCUACCAGGCUCGCGCAUGUCCGAGCAUCGUUCGAGGCGAUUGGGGCCACCAUCUUGACAGAUGGCAGGAGGUCCAGAGAUUUGCGGCCCAUCAUUAACUUCCUUGCCACUGACAAGCAUGACGCGCUUCUCUAUACCACCGUGCGUCGAGAUGCUUUCGUUCUUGAGACGGGAGAGAUAGUGUUGAGGAGAUGGAAGACCAUUUUUAGGACCUUCCCUCCUAGUCAUUUGUUGGCGAUCUGCACGGACUCUGCGUCCAACUACACGUUGGCCGCAAAGCUCCAUGCAAAGGACGCUGACCCGGAGCUGCGUCGUAUCACGUGGCUCCCAUGCGCCAUCCACGUCUGCAACUUGAUGUUGUCAAACAUAGGGACCCGGGUAGAUUGCAUUUCCUCGGCCAUUCUUCGUGGAAGGGCCUUGGUGCGGUUUAUCAAGAUGCAUGGCGCUGCUCUUCACCUUUUCAGGUCGAAGAGCAAGCGCAAAUUCCUUGUUCAGCCUGUGGAGACGAGAUUCACGUCUGUGUUUAUGAUGCUCCUUUGCCUAAAGGAGCGCAGAGACGCGCUUGAGUCGAUGCUGCACGAUGAGGCGUGGGACAACAUUCCCUGGGAACCUCGAUUGGUCGACCAGGCGGUGUGGGUGCGCCAGACUAUCCGCGAUGGAUUGUUUUGGCGGGAUGUGGAGUAUGGCAUUCUGGUGAUGACUCCAAUCCACCAGUUGCUCAGGAGGCUCGAUAGGGGCGGGCAGGUCCUCGCCGGUCGCCAGCAUAUGCUGGAGCCGGUGCACGCCGCGGCGCAUCUCCUCAACCCUCGUAGGCGUUAUCUUCGGUACUACGAUGCGAGGGUGAGGACAGAAGAGGAUUUGGAGGUCGUGCAGGAUUGCGACAACUUCUUCCUUGCCCAGAUGGGGGGAGAUCGGGCAGGUGCUCGGUACUUGCGCACGCGUGAGCAAAUGAGACUGUUUCACGCACGUAUGGGUCCUAUGUUGACCGACCCUGCCACGAGGGACGCAGAGGCGCAGACAUGCAGAGGGGACGACGAGACACCGAGGUGUGCUGCUUGGUGGCAAAAACACGGAGGCGCAUACCCCGAUCUUCAGGAGAUUGCAGCACGGGUGCUGCACAUGUGGACGUCCGCCUCUCCCGCAGAGAGGAACUGGGCGGAACAUGAGCGCGUGUGCACGGCUAGGCGUAAUAGGUUAGAGUUCACGAAGGUCGCUCAGCUGAUUGAGAUUGCCACCAAUCUCAAACUGUUGGAGUGUUCCGAGUCAUCUACCGAUUACGUUCUUCCGUGGGGACACUUGGAUGCCCUGGAUGAGGUAGAGGAGGUGUUUGGUGCGAGAGCCGCGGUUCUCCUCCCGUACGAGGCGGAGGUGCCGGAGGAGGAGGUUGUGGAUGACGCGGCUCGGCCUGCGGCCGACGAUGCCAUUGAUGGAGAUGAGGAAUGGACCGACCCCGAGGAGAUGGCAUGUCGUGCAGACAAGACGCUAGAGAGAGUCUACUUUGCACAGGGAGGACAUAGCAGCACAGCACGACCUCAUACCACGCUCAUCAGAGCAGACGAUGAYCCKCCGCGCGRCACAUCUGACACACAUCAUGGCACCGGACGUGGCGCGGGCACGAGGGGYACCGRAGGUGCCACACARCCGAGGAGGGUGUUUGGUGUUGACARCACYGAYGAUGASCAGGCAGUGGAGGAUGAGCAGGCAGCAGGGAUGYCGGYGCCUGAGAUGGGGAGARACGYUCAGCCUCGUAGACGGUCGGAGAGGCUGGUUGGCCRUGACARCACAGCCCCGCAGACAMAGACCGGUUGUUCGCARCACCUAGAGGAGAUASAGUGCGACACGGUGGAGGGUGAGCAGUCUGAGCAGCGCACUCCUAUUCACACACACACAUCACAUGACAUGCCUUCGGACUUGCGGACGAGGGACUUCAUGGUGGGUGGGGAGGGCACGUYCGGAUUCGGCAUUGGCAGACRUCARCACGUUCGAGUGGGAGACAUGGCGGACUACUGUCCCCGUGACAYGCCGAGGGAGGAGACYGAGGCAGAGCGUGACGCRCGCAUUGACGYCGAGGAGGAGAGUCGUUUGUCUCRGAUGCARUGGGCGGGGAGGGUGGCUUUUCUGGCGGAGGCGGAGCGCAGGAGACGGYUGGARACCAUUGGUSCAGGUGGYGAUGWCGACARCGCARAGGGUUUGAUUGGACCGGAUGCUGCCCUGCARCCUUCGGGUGGGGGCCGUGCUGAUGAUCCACUUGUGUCUUCAUCGCCUWSUGCUACGACACACCAUGCCACUCUCUCGCCAUCCYCGACCGUUACGRGAYAURCUGAURUUCCAUGUGUGUCAGCARCGCCUCCUGUACCAUGCGGGUYGCCUGCARGUGGUUCAGGCRCGAUGGACUCGGAGUCGGAURUUGUGCAUGACRUURUACUGGGACUUAUGGCACCUGCAGGUGCGGAGGUAGAGCARGUGUUACCUGGACACGAGGAGGAGAGGGCRGGACAGGAGGAGGACGCRAUGGGACACGAGGAGGAGGAGAGGGYGGGACGUUCGGUCUCGRACACGCWGGUCGUAGCUGGAGAYGAGGAGGAGAGRGCGGGACAGGAGGAGGACGCGAUGGGACACGRGGAGGAGGAGAGGGCRGGACGUUCGGUCUYGGACACGCAGGUCGUAGCUGGAGACGAGGAGGAGAGGGCGGGACACGAGGAGGAGAGGUCGGGACGUUUWGUCKCGGACACGCAGGUGGUAGCUKGACACGAGGAGGAGAGGUCAGGACGUUCAGUCYCGGCCACGCCUAGCGCACAGACAGUUGCGCGGCGUCCGACACCAGGGAGUGUUGUUGGGAGAGGACACUUGCCUGCCUCUAUGGCACCUUCACGGMAGGAUAUCCGGCAGUCUGACCACCGUCCUUGGUCGAGUGUGCGAAGAGUGGAUGGGAAGYUUAGGASAGAGGUUGYUGGAGCUGAGGCACGACGCCGAGARGAGAGACAGAGGGUAGAGAGAGAGGCACAAGAGAGAGCCAUGGCAGAGAGAGAGGGAGAGGAGGGAGGACGGGCCGAGGGUGAUAGCGGGGGUAGUGGUGGCCGACCCGAUAUAGGCACUGCGUGUCGCAUUUUGGGAGUGGGACUUCCGAGGAGGAUGAGAGAUCUCCGCAUACCAGCCGCCCCAAAGGUCGGAAUGCAGAGCGGGGCGUACACCUCUGGCGAGGAGGCUUUGCCUAUGCGCGUGGGGGAGAGACGUCAUGAGUCAUUGGCGGAGAUAGGUGCUCGUAUAGCAGCCCACGAGGCGGAGAUUGCGACGUUGAGAGAGGCUUCGGCAUUGGCGAGUCUUGCGGACACUACGGGAGACGUCGACGUAGACACCGAGGAGUCGUCUAUUGACGUGGCGAGGCGGAGAGAGAGAGAGAGGAGAGCGGCUUCUUCGACACGAUCGACCGUGCAUGGUCCUCGAUCGGCGGGCCGCGGUGGCGGUCGUGGUGCCGGCCAGUUCUAGGGACGAGUGGGCUUGCUCUGCUGUAUGCAUGUUUAGAGUUUACUUCAUUGUCAUUA